AGAGGCAGAGGCGGCGGCUGCGGCGAAAAAGGCUGUGGCGGCGGAUCAUUUGCAGCGGCGAGACAGACCCGCAGCUCGGGUAGCCCGCAGUCGGUGUAGUCCUUAGGGUGGCGGUUGGAUUUCCAGGCUCUCUUCAACAUGACGGCGUCAAUCAAUGAAUGUCUAGAGCUUCAGCUGCUCGAGGUGGAAAUGCUGUAUUCCAUGUUCCCGAGCAAAGGAGAGUUCUGUCUUGAGGAUCCGAAUGCCCUAAGACGUGUGAAGUCCUACUUGAAAAAUCCGACGGGACCCCUGCCCCCCAGAAUUGGGUUUGUAGUUAUGGUAUCGGACUAUGAGGGGGAGGUUGAAUUGCAGGUUGGCUUUCCUCACAACUAUCCAAAUGUCAAGCUGCAGCUCUUUGGGCGAUCAUACUACCUUGACAGAAAACAGCAGAUGCUGCUCAAUCAAGAUCUUUCUGCCUACAUCUCAACCUUUGAUGCUGGUGAGCUUUGCGUUUGCGCAGCAGUUCAGUGGCUGCGGGACAAUAGUGGCCCCUAUUUCCGGAAGAGUAAGCUCUUUACUGAACCAGUUGCGAAGGUGAAGAUUGUGAAGAUCACGUUUCAUCGAAUGUGGAUCUACAGCCACCAGAUAUGUCGUCCAGAACUGCGAAAGAGGAUUUGGGAUUGUGCAAAACGACUCAAUCUGACUGGGUUUUUUCUGACAGGGAAGCCAGGUAUAAUUUGUGUGGAGGGCAAAAAAGAGCAGUGUGAGGAAUUCUGGCACACAAUCAGGUAUCCCAACUGGAAGCAUAUUUCCUGCAAGCAUGCUGAAAGUGUGCAGGUAGAAGGUAAUGGGGAUGAGCUGCGCCUCUUUCAAACUUUUGAGGAAUUGCAGUUUGAGAGCCAUGGUAAUUUCAGGCAUGAUUACCACAUGGAUCUGGGCAAGUUCUUGGAAUUCCUCAAACAGCAUAAGAGUGAACAUAUUUUCCAGAUGUUGUUUGGCAUUGAAAGCAAAAGUUCAGGACGCUAGAAAUAUGUUCACAGAGCAGCAUUUGGAAUUUUUCAAGUUUUUUUUCCACUGAGAAUAAAAACUUGAGUUUAAAUGGAAUUCAUUUUGUGUGUAGCUCCUGUAGUAUAGAAGCAAGCUUUUUGUUUUUUUCAUCCCUUUUUUUCUUUAUGGAGUAGAAAAGGAGGUGUGCAGUGUAGACCCAUUAUUUUUAUUAGGAAACUCGAUGUGGAAAGUCCCUCCACUGAUACAAGUCAACAACUCAUUUAACAUUUAAUCUGAGAGGUUAUUGAACUUGCCCAUGAUAAAAAACUAGUAUGUUGGAGAGGCAGAAUUGAACGCUGGUCUACCAGACUUUUAGACAGUGCUGCCUCUUAGAAAUGGUACUCAUCAUUAGUGACUUUCUGCCACUUCAUACAUUUCUAGCACUAGGUUGCUUUGCUUACUGAGUACUGGGUCAUUAGCACCCUCUGUAGCCUAGCUUUGUGUUCUCUUUGUAUCUGAUGUAGCGCCCCAAACACAGUCCAUGUACAAUGUAGAUGUAGAUGUAUAGAAAUAUAUGUUUGUUGAUUAGUGUGAAUGCCAUCGGGCACCCAUGGAGAUUCUAGGUCACUGGGACCAUUGUAAAUAUUCAGUUUGAGAUCGUUAUCAGCUCUAAGAAACCACAACCAUUACAGGGAAUCUGUUGUUGUGCUCUGACCAGCUGCCUGGUAGGGAACUUUUGUGCAGGUAAAGAAGAUCUGGGGUUCUUAAACUGUUGCAGGAGCCUUCUGGUUCAUUCUAAAUCCUAUAAAGUACCUGAAAGCAAGAUCAAGUUCACCCUGUUUCACCUGUCCAGGGUGUGGACCAGGGGGCAGCCUAUAGAAAGUCCCAGUCUGAGGGCUCUUCAGCACACAGGUGAACAUUGGGUGCUCUUACCAGAAUGCUGUGACUGUGAAGUUCUUCAUCAAGGGAGAUGAAGAAUUAACUCACAGACUAGAAAGGGAUAAAGACAAACAGAUAAACAGCAAAUUUAUUUUAAGUACAUCUGAGAAGUUUAGAACAAAGCAUUUUGGGAUUAUGAAGAAAGGGUCAUUUUCUCACAACAAUAGUAGGAAGUGUGGGAUAUGGGCAGAUUCUGGCAGAAUUUUAUUCCGACUAAUUCUCUGGACUGAUUAUCUCAUUAGUUUAGAAUAUGGUGCUAAUGAGCAUUCCAUUGUUGUGAGUUAAAUUCUUAAGCAGGACAGUAAGCCUCCUACCCUACAUGACCAUAAGCUGAAAUUGUAUCUUUGACCAGUUUCUUUGCAAGGACAUAUCAUUUGCACAGCAGUAAAUCUGUGUUAAAUAUUGUGGAUGGCUUAGCCCAGCCUUAUACCAGAAUGGUGUAGAGAAGACAACACUGAAUUUUGAGUCAGAAGACCUGAUUUUGAACCCUGGGUUUGCUCUUUAAUAUUAUGUUACCUUAAGCAAGUCCUUUAACUUCCCUGGGAUUCAGUUUCCUCAUCUAUAAAAUUAAGUCGGUCUAUACUAGUGGUUCUUAACUUUCUUUGUGUCAUGGACCAAUCUGGUGAAGCCUUCUCAGAAUAAAUUUUUUAAUGAAUAAAAUAUAAUAUAUGGAACUAUAAAUGAAAUCAAUUAUAUUGAAAUAGUUAUCAAAAUAUUUUUUGAAAACAAGUUUUCAGACACUUAGUUAAGAACUUCUGAGUUAGUUGAUCUAGCUCAUCUAGCUGUAAAACCCCAAGAUCUUCUGACCAUUUAGGAAGGGGAGAGGUGGAGAGGGAAUGCUUGUUUUAAGUGUCAUGUCUUUAUAUAAAAAGCUGUUCACUUGUUAUUAAACUUUUCAUAGAAUCAUUUCCCAAGUUUUUUUCUGUAAGUGAAAAUGUGUUGGUGUAAUAAGUGAAUUUUUUCAUGUAGUGUUCUUAAAAUAUCAGAAGUGUACUUACUACUCUCAAAUGUUCAGCUUAAAUGUACCUGUUUUCUUGUCUGUUGAAUGGGAUAAUAUUUGUCAUUUACCUACUUAAGGAUUAUUAUUAGUAAAGCAAAAAGUACAUUAUCUUCUUAAUUUUCCUUGUACAAUUUGUCUGGAUCUCUCCUUUUCCCUCCUCCCUUUUGUAAAUGUGUUAUUGUAUGUGUCAUAUCUUGAUUCCACUCCCCCCUGCUCCCUCUAAAAUGUGACAUCCCUGGUAACAGGGACUGCCAUUUUUUAUCUUUGUAUCCCCAGUACAAGUGUAUUUAGUAGUAGUUACGUAAUAAAUGUUGAUUGAUUCAAAAUCUG